AUGGAAGAACUUACGGCGUUCGUCUCCAAGUCUUUUGACCAGAAAGUGAAGGAGAAGAAGGAGGCCAUCACGUAUCGGGAGGUGCUGGAGAGCGGGCCGCUGCGCGGGGCCAAAGAGCCCGGCUGCGUCGAGCCGGGCCGCGACGACCGCAGCAGCCCGGCAGUCCGGGCGGCCGGCGGAGGCGGCGGCGCGGGAGGAGGCGGAGGCGGAGGCGGAGGAGGCGGAGGAGGUGCUGGAGGAGGAGGAGCAGGCGGAGGAGCUGGAGGAGGGCGCUCUCCCGUCCGGGAGCUGGACAUGGGAGCCGCGGAGCGGAGCAGGGAGCCGGGCAGCCCGCGGCUGACGGAGGGUAACGGCCUGCCCCCGGCCGCGGUUCCCCUUCCCGCCUUCCCCUUCGUGGUGUCCCCUGAACUGAAGGACCGCAAAGAGGAUGCGAAAGGGAUGGAGGACGAAGGCCAGACCAAAAUCAAGCAGAGGCGAAGUCGGACCAAUUUUACCCUGGAACAACUCAACGAGCUGGAGAGGCUUUUUGAUGAGACCCACUAUCCGGACGCCUUCAUGCGCGAGGAGCUGAGCCAGCGGCUGGGGCUCUCUGAGGCCCGAGUACAGGUUUGGUUUCAAAAUCGAAGAGCUAAGUGUAGAAAACAGGAAAAUCAACUUCAUAAAGGUGUCCUUAUAGGAGCCGCUAGCCAGUUUGAAGCUUGUAGAGUUGCACCCUAUGUCAAUGUAGGUGCUUUGAGGAUGCCAUUUCAGCAGGAUAGUCAUUGCAACGUGACGCCCUUGUCCUUUCAGGUUCAGGCGCAGCUGCAGCUGGACAGCGCCGUGGCGCACGCGCACCACCACCUGCAUCCGCACCUGGCCGCGCACGCGCCUUACAUGAUGUUCCCGGCACCGCCCUUCGGACUGCCGCUGGCCACGCUGGCCGCGGACUCGGCCUCCGCCGCCUCGGUGGUGGCUGCCGCCGCCGCCGCCAAGACCACCAGCAAAAACUCCAGCAUCGCGGAUCUCAGACUGAAAGCUAAAAAGCACGCGGCCGCCCUGGGUCUGUGA